AUGGUGGACCAUGACAGUAUGGUUCAUAACGGCAAGGUCUGGUUCAAAACCAAACAGCAGCAUUUGGGAUUUGAGGACUUGAGGCCCUGCUUCACGGAGUGGGUUACCAAUUCUGUGUGUCCCGCAGGUGGUGGCGGAAACCGGAAAGGCAAGAGUAAGAAAUGGCGCCAGAUGCUGCAGUUCCCCCACAUCAGCCUCUGUGAGGAUCUUCGGCAAACCCUCGAGCGGGACUACCACAGCCUGUGUGAGAAGCAGCCCAUCGGGCACGUGCUCUUUCAGCAGUUCUGCGAGACACGACCUGAGCUGUCACGCUGUGUCAAGUUCCUGGAUGCCGUGGCAGGGUACGAGGUGGCUCCAGAUGAGAAGCGGAAGGAAUGUGGACAGCACCUGAUUGAAAAGUACUUGAAACCAAACAGUGAGGACUAUGUGCCUGAAGUUCCCUCGCAGCUGGUCGAUGCCUGUUGUGAGAGGCUGGAGCAGGAACCUUCCAAGGAGCUCUUCAAGGAAUCCACUAAGCUUAUCCACGACUACCUGAGUGUGGCUCCCUUUGCCGACUACCUCGACAGCUUGUACUUCAACCGCUUCCUGCAGUGGAAAUGGCUGGAACGGCAGCCAGUGACCAAAAACACUUUCCGCCAGUACCGUGUGCUGGGCAAGGGUGGUUUUGGGGAGGUUUGUGCCUGCCAAGUGCGUGCCACAGGGAAGAUGUAUGCCUGCAAGAAGCUGGAGAAGAAACGGAUCAAAAAGAGGAAGGGAGAGGCCAUGGCCCUGAAUGAGAAACAGAUCCUGGAAAAAGUGAACAGUAGGUUUGUAGUGAGCUUAGCCUAUGCAUAUGAAACUAAAGAUGCUCUCUGCCUAGUGCUGACCCUCAUGAAUGGAGGGGACCUCAAGUUCCAUAUCUACCACAUGGGAGAGGCUGGCUUCGAGGAGCCCCGGGCAGCUUUCUAUGCUGCCGAGAUCUGCUGUGGCCUUGAGGACUUGCACCAGGAGAGGAUAGUGUACAGGGACCUGAAGCCAGAAAACAUAUUGCUGGAUGACCACGGUCACAUCCGUAUCUCAGACCUGGGGCUAGCUGUGCACGUGCCGGAGGGACAAACAAUCAAGGGCCGGGUGGGGACAGUUGGCUACAUGGCUCCGGAGGUGGUGAAGAACGAGCGCUACACGUUCAGCCCAGACUGGUGGGCUCUGGGCUGCCUGGUGUACGAGAUGAUCGAGGGACAAUCCCCCUUCCAGCAGCGCAAGAAGAAGAUCAAGCGGGAGGAGGUGGAGCGGUUGGUGAAGGAAGUGCAGGAGGAGUACUCGGAGAAGUUCUCGCCCUGUGCCCGCUCCCUUUGCACCAUGCUCUUGUGCAAAGACCCUCUAGAGCGCCUGGGGUGCCAAGGAGCUGGGGCCAAGGAAGUGAAGGAGCACCCUCUCUUCAAGCACCUCAACUUCAAGAGGCUGGAAGCAGGCAUGCUGGACCCCCCCUUCAAGCCCGAUCCCCAGGCCAUCUACUGCAAGGAUGUUCUGGACAUUGAGCAGUUCUCCACGGUGAAAGGGGUGGAGCUGGAGCCCACGGACAAUGACUUCUACCAGAAGUUUGCCACAGGAAGCGUGCCCAUUCCUUGGCAGAACGAGAUGAUCGAGACAGAGUGUUUUAAGGAGCUGAAUGUCUUUAGCACAGAUGGCACGGUGCCCCCAGACCUAGACUGGAAAGGGCAGCCUUCUCCACAGCCCAAGAAAGGGUUACUCCAGCGCUUAUUCAGCAGACAGGACUGUUGUGGAAACUGCAGCGACAGCGAGGAAGAGCCCACCCGGCUGUAG